AUGCUGCAGCUGGUGGCUGAUUGUGUUUUUGAAGUUGUUGCUCCUCCACACCUUUCCUCCUCCUUAGUACCCUCCCCUCAACUGCUCAACUGCAAACUCCUUCUCAACCCUCCCUCCUCUUUUUUUCCCUUUAGCGGCCCAGUAGCAGACAACCUCGCCGCUAUCCCUCCUCCUCUUAUUUUUCCCCUCAGUGGCACAGCAGCAGAUUACUCCGCCACUAUCCCUCCUCCUCUAGUUUCUCCCCUUAGCAGCGUAGCAGCAGACUAUCGGCUCAGCAGCAAACUACUCCGUCAAUCUCCCUCCUCUUGUUUCUCCCUCCACCGGCUUAGCAGCAGACUGCUUCGCACUUAUUCCUCCGCCUCUUAUACCUCUCCCCUCAUCUUCUCUGCAACUGUCUCCUCCUCCUUAUGGCGACCUCUCUCGCCCUCCCCUCCCUCUCUCUACUGGUCCUUCAGCUUGCGCAGCGCAGUCAAUUUCCCCAGUUGGCUGAACUAUCUUGAGCGCACGCUGUCUAGCACCCUCGUGAGUGGCUUUAACCUCUGGUUUGUCACUCAGCAGAGUGGUUCUGGCGCCAUUCCUAAACCUGCCUCUGCACCUACCUCUAUCUCCUCUGACCCCUAUGCUGAUGGCCUUUGUGCUGCUAUAGCUGAAACUGAGCGGAUUGCGGCCACGGCCCAAGCCAGUGCUGCGGCUGCUCCUGACAAUGCUGUAGCCCUGUUCAUGUCUCCCUGCAUGGCGAGCGCCCCGCCGACCAGUGGUCGUUCUCUCGUGUCUCUGCCUUCCUCCUCUAGGCAGAGCUCAACCUCCGCAGCUGCCCUCCUACUGCCGCCGCUGUCACACCGGGCCCUUCCCGCCCCUCCCUCCGCGCCAGCCUCUACUGCCCCCCCUUCCGACAUCAUCUCUGGCGCCUCCCCACCCGCCUCUUCCUCUUCGGCUCCCCUCCCUUCCUCACUUCCAUUUUCCUCUCCACCUCCGUCGUCUGUUCCCAUUCGCCCCCCCUUCCCCGCGCCCUACUCGCUCCAUGACUCGCGCAAUUUCUAA